AUGGUUUCAUUUUGUCUGACCGGUGAUCAACAAAUAUAUAGCUGGGGGUUCAAUGGACAGGGAUUAUUGGGUAGACCUACCAGUGUUGAUGAUCAGUAUAGUAAACCAUCGAUCAUUAAAUACUUGAGCGAUAAAUGUAUAACAGAUAUCAUCAGUGGUUCACAACAUACGCUGGCACUGACCAGUGCGGGCAUUGUCUAUGGUUGGGGUAAUAAUACGUACGGACAGUGCGGUUGCGGACAACAAACCGAUUAUAUGAAUGGUUUGGUUUACAGUUGGGGUUAUCACUGGUGGACUGACAAUCAUUUAGUUGUUAAAGUGUUAGGUUCGGGAAGUUUCGGUAGAGUUUAUAAAUGUUUGGACAAUAAAACAGAAGAAUUGUUUGCCAUCAAAGAUAUUAUAAUAACGGAUAAUAUUUUAAAAGAAGUCAAACAACUGUUGAAACUUCGGUCAAAAUUUGUAGUCAAAUGUUAUGACGCGUGGAUUGAAUCGUCAAAAAUACUUUACAUUCAAAUGGAGUUAUUAUCGAAAAGUCUUAAAGAUUUGAUUGAAUUGAAACCACAAACAUUUCAUCGGAAAUCCAAUGAAUCAAUGGAUUUCAUUGAGUAUUACAUUUCAAGUCAUUUAAUGUUAGAGAUGUGUGAAUGCGUUGAAUAUCUGCAUACAAGACAACCGCCGGUUAUUCAUCGCGAUCUUAAACCCGGAAAUAUACUCAUCAAUGAUAAGCCAUUAGAUAAUAGGUUUUUAAAAUUAUGUGACUUUGGUUUAGCCACUGAUCACUUACAUAAAUAUAUGGCACCCGAGGUAUGCGAUAACUAUGGUUCGGAUAGAGUGGCAUAUAAUGAGAAAAGUGAUAUCUAUAGUAUGGGUUGUAUACUAUUGGACUUAUUUGAUGUCAACAGGGAUUUAGAUUUUAGGUAA